AAAAGGGGGAGGUGAAAGCCGGCGUCGAUUUACAGGCCAAAACGCUUCUCUCUCUCUCUCUCUCUCUCUAAAGAUUAGAGAGUCUGGUCUCGUCUAAUUCCCGAAAUAAUAAGAUAGAAAAUGAAGUUGAUUCCGACGGUGCUGUGCCUUUUGUGUCUUCUCUCACAUUCUAUUUUCAGAUCAGCUGCUUCUUCUCCCAGCAAUCAAUUUCUUGGAAUCGCUCCCCAAGAUGAGAAAUACUACAAGUCGUCGUCGGAGGUGAUCAAAUGUAAAGACGGAUCCAAGCAAUUCAGCAGAGCUCAGCUCAACGAUGACUUCUGCGAUUGCCCCGAUGGUACCGACGAGCCUGGUACUUCCGCAUGCCCAGCCGGCAAGUUCUAUUGUCGAAAUGUGGGUCACGCUCCUCUCCAGCUAUUUUCAUCCAGAGUCAAUGAUGGCAUUUGCGACUGCUGCGAUGGGAGUGAUGAAUAUGAUGGUAAAGUACAUUGCCCAAAUACAUGUUGGGAGGCUGGGAAAGUGGCUAGAGAUAAGCUCAAAAAGAAGAUUGCUACUUACCAAGAGGGAGUUACAAUACGAAAACAGCAAGUUGAACAAGCACAACUAGCCAUGGCUAAAGAUGAGGCAGAACUCUCAAAGCUGCAAAGUGAACAGAAAAUACUAAAACGACUUGUUGAACAGCUCAGAGAGCGCAAAGAACAAAUAGAAAAGGCUGAGGAGAAGGAGCGAUUACAGAAAGAAAAGGAAGAGCAGGAGAAAAAAGAAGUGGAAGAGAAAGCUAAGCAGGAUAAAACUAAACCUGAAGAGGAAGCGAAGAAGGAAAAAAAUGAAGAGAGUGCUCAAGACAAACCUAUAGAAAGUCAACACGAUGAUAAUGUUGGGAAUUUGGACGAUCCACAUUCACACCAGGAUACAGCCGAGAAACAUGAUGACUUGGCUACUGAAGAUGGUAGUGUCAGUACUCCUGAACAUACGGGAUCACCAGUUGAUGGCGUACAACAGGAAGCAAUAAAGCUGAAGAUAGAGUCUGUUGCUACAACUGAACCUGACUUUGAUGGCGGAAGCAAGGUGCCUCAUGAUGAGGGAAUUGAUGCAUCUGAAAACACAGAGUCAUUGUCAAAGGAAGAGUUAGGCCGCCUUGUUGCUUCUCGCUGGACUGGGGAAGAUACAUCAAAGGAAUCAGGGGAAGUUGACGCUACAGAAGAUUCUCAUGAAGAUCAUGAAGAGUUGCCUAAGGAGACCCAUGAUGAACAGUCUGAUGGCUAUGCUUCAGAAACUGAUGAUGAUGAUCAUAAGUAUGAUGAUGAAGAGGUAGAAAAUGAGGCAGAUAAUGAUUUUGACGUGGAGGAUCACAGUGAUGCCGGUUCCUCAUACAAAUACGAGUCAGACACUGAUUCAGACUUGUCUGACGUAACAUCAAGUAACCCAUCUUGGCUGGAGAAGAUACAAAGCACUGUGCGGAACAUUCUGCAAGUUGUUAAUUUAUUCCAGACGCCAGUGAACCGAUCAGAAGCGGCUACUAUACGGAAGGAGUUUGAUGAAUCCAGUGCCAAGUUGUCCAAGAUAGAGGCAAGAAUAUCAAGUUUGACACAAAAGCUAAAACAUGAUUUUGGACCAGAUAAGGAGUUCUAUUCAUUCUAUGGUCGUUGUUUUGAAAGCAAGCAGAAUAAGUAUGUCUACAAAGUGUGCCCAUAUAAGCAAGCUUCCCAGGUGGAGGGGCACUCUACAACUCGCCUAGGGAGCUGGGACAAAUUUGAGGACUCCUAUAAGGCCAUGAUCUUUGCAAAUGGUGAUAAAUGCUGGAAUGGGCCUGAUAGAAGUCUGAAGGUCAGGCUUAGAUGUGGGUUGAAAAAUGAGGUUGCUGAUGUUGAUGAACCAAGCCGCUGCGAGUAUGUGGCAUUAUUAUCAACUCCAGCUAUCUGCUUAGAGGAAAGACUUCAGGAGUUGCAACAUAAAUUAGACUUGUUGAUCAAAGAACAACCACAAGGCCAUGAUGAACUUUGAAUUGUCGUGAUGCAACCUCUGGAGAGUGUUGUGAAGGAUUCCAAGGAAGCUUCAACUGUCCCCUCUGGAGUUUAAUAGCGUCAAACAGAAUGGUGGGGAGCUCAAAAAUAUAAAGUCUAGUUGAUGGCAACAGCUGACAUUUAAAGAUUGAUCCUCUGAUACAUUUUUGAAAUGAGCAAUUAGACUAGUAAUUUGAGAUAUGAUAUGGCUGUAACUUGUAAUGUAGUUUCUAAAUAUUGUUACGAGGACACUGA